GUCGUCAGGGGGGACGUGCGUUCUUUCUAAAAAAGUACAAUUUUUUUAAAUAUUCGAGUUAUAUCUAUCUUUAAUCUAUCAAAUCUUAGUAACUAAGUAUUUUACUUUGAAAAAAUAUGAAAAGUGAUGAAAUUGUGCGUAGAAAAAAUGAAAUUUUCCUCUUAUAGUGCGGUGUGUAAGGUGAUCCGAAUGAUUGAUUUGUGAAUCUUUGGCCAAAAUGGAACGAAAAGGAAUACGUCGACGAUUUUACUUAAAUAAUUGAUCUACCACGACUAUAAUAAGGUACUUUAUCGGAUAGUGAAGAAGUUAUAUCUGAUCGGGAAAUAUUACCAAUCAAAAGGAUUUACGUCAAACGUCGUAAUAACAGCUUUCGUCGCACGUAUUCUAAGAAACGGCAAAACCAAAGAUCGAGUACAAUGGUAACAGCUUUUUUUCAUUCGUAGCGUUAUAUAUAAUACGUCCAGGUAAGUUUGUUUCUUUUGAAAAGCUUCAAGGUUAAUAUAGAGGGAUAAUAGUAGUAAGUAAUAUUUAUUAAUGUAAACAAAACAGUUUUGUUCGAACUUCCAAGAAAUUUUGUCGUCAUUAUACAAAAACCUAAACAAAGCGAUCGAAGGUUUACCUUUGCUCAAAGUCACGAACGAUUCCUGUUCAUUCCUGUACGAUACUUCCUACGGAUAACAUUAUCGUUUAGCUCCUCGUCGUUUUACUACGUUUUGAUAUAUUUAAUUUGUUCGUAAUUAAUUAAAUAUUUUAUCAUAAUUUAAUUAUAACAAAGCGUAUAUUUAUAUAUAUAAGUACAUUUUGCAGUGGAAGUUAUAAAGUUUACUGUGUGCUGAUAAUUAAUAUUUUGUACAUUUAUUUUUAAUUUUUCAUAGUAAUUCUACAUAUAUGUGUAUAUAUAUACGUAUUAGGUUUCUCCACAUAGCAAUUUCCCCAUAGUGAGAUUCUGGUGAUCGAUAAGAAGACGACUACGUUUGGAAAAUAUUUAAUUUUUCAUAAUAUUACUCUUCUCCGUUGAAUCGAAUUCGUUGACUUUUUGUUUGUUAAAAUUAAUUGUGUCGUUUUCUUUUUCUUUUCUUUUUUUUUUGUUUUUAGAUAUAUUUAACAAGAAAUUUUCUCUGCGUAAUUUAUUUUAUUUUAAGUUUCGUGAAUUUUAUUUUUAGUUAAUCAGUUCCAACGAUGUUAUUUAUAGCUAUCUAUAAGGCGACCUUUAGAGGCAGUGUUUGUUCUUACUUUAAUUUAUUUUUAGCCGUAAUUAACGUUAUUACAGAUACGGCAAAUGAAAAUCGAUCGAUUUAUUUAUAUUUUCUUUUAUGGCCGAGUUAAUAAAAUCGCAUAUCAUGUAUCGUAUAUCAUGAUAUUAGAAUUAUCGUAUUAUUAUUAAGCAUCAUUUUACAUCUGAAGCCCUGAAGCCGAUGGACUCCUGCAAGAAUCUACAAAGGUUUAUAUACCAAGUAGAGAGAUCAUCCUUCUUCGUUUCCUACGAAAUUAUUUCCGUUUGACGGGGUUAAACGAAGUAGACAUGAAUUACCGGUGCAGUCUUGGGUGUCUCCACGAUCAACAGGUUAACUAGUUGGUUGGUCGGUGCACAGCAUAUUCGAAAUCGAGUUUGUUAUUAUCGAGGACGACGAGGACGACGACAAGGACAACGACGAGGACUAUCGGAAGAGGAAUCGUUGAAAGGAAAACAAGGAGAUACAAUAAAAAAAAAAUUUUCAUGUUAAGGAUCAAGAAAGGAGAGUAAAUCUAAGGACGAAAUUAUUUACGAAAGAUAGAAGAAGGAAUAAUAAAGAAACGAAAAAUAUAUACAGACAAGUCGCAGAAAAAAUGGCAACGAAUAGUCCAGAAUCAUCGAUCCAUUCGAAAUCCCCAAGGAGUCCACGUCAGCUGCCUCAGUUGCCGCGUAUCCCGAUCUCAGGACAAAGAAGUCCUAGUCAGUUGUCGGUUACGAAGACACCGAGUACUCCUCUAGUUUUUGAAUUCCCAGCUGAAUAUUAUCCGGAAACACCGAACACGAAUUUCGACUUUGACACGUUCGCACGUAACAUGGAUACCGAACAACAACGUGGCUCCUCGCGAAGUCCAUCUUAUUAUUCAAUAAAUAAAAAUCAGAAAAGUCCUAACAGCAGCGAUACUACGCUUCAUUCGUCCGGAAGGAAAUCACCGAUAUUUAAAUUCUGUGAUAAAAAUUUGAUAUCAUCGUCGAGUAAUAAUACGAUUAUAUCUGCCAAUAGAACGGCAACUACUUCGAAUUUUGUACCGAAAAGUCCGAAUAUGGUCGACCGUCGAAGAAAUUCGUCUUUUGGUUUGGGCGGACCAAAAAGUCCAAUAUCACCGACAAUAGUGACUCCAACAUCGUCGUCGUCUCAUGACAGUCCCAAACACACGGAUUCUGAAUUGAGAUGUAAGGAUGGAAGCUUUGGUACUCAAGACGAGAACGUUGAUCGAAAUUGUUCGAUGAACGAGAAAACUCGCGCGAGUAAGAUGGGUGGCUACUUGAAUCGUAGCCAAGGAUGUUUGAACGAGGCUACUCGGUGUUGCGAAGGAACUUCUGUUGAUACCACCGGAAAUGACAAAAAAGAGAAAAACAUGGCGAGAAGAUCGACCAGUGAUCUUACGGAGAUCGGUGAUGCUGAAACCGAAGUCACUUUAUUGUCUAGUCCGAGAAGACGAGGAUCCAUGAAGGGUGGACUAGCUUACCUGGCGUCGCGCCGUGGCUCUCGCGAUAGUCAAUGUUCGAACGUAUCGAAUAUUAGCAACGAGGAUGUUGGUCCAUUGAAUUUCAAUGCUCAUCCACGUGUCCGACAACGAAGAACUUCUAAUUUCCUCGAAUUACCAGUGCCGGAUCAUAUACGACCUCGAGUGCACAGCUUACCCGAAAAAGCGUACAAUCCGAGAGCUGGCGACGAUCUCUACAGAUUGAGGGCAUUCAGUAUCACUCAUAAAGGUGUCGUCAAUCGUGGAGAUUCUAUAAUAUCUCGACGCAGCAGGAGCAAUACAUCAGUAAAUAGCAGCAGGAACAGCAAUAUAUCCGGUGAAAGGUCACCGUUCGAAGGAUCCUGUUGCAGCGGUCAAGGUGGUGCUGAAAGUACCGAAAGUGAGAUCGAGGAAAUACCAAAAUAUCGAGUAGUUUUACUCGGUGAUUCUGGAGUUGGCAAGACAGCGUUGGUUUCACAAUUUAUGACCAGCGAGUAUAUGAACACCUAUGACGCUAGUUUAGAUGAUGAAUUUGGAGAGAAAACAGUUUCAAUUCUGCUCGACGAGGAAGAAUCGGAAAUGAUUUUCAUUGAUCAUCCCCAUAUAGAAAUGAGCGUCGAGAACUCUCUAUCUACGUACGAGCCGCAUGCCUGUAUCGUAGUAUACUCAAUAGUAUCUCGAACAAGUUUUCAAAUGGCCGAAGAGAUACUUAAUUACUUGUGGAGAGAGCACUAUACACAGGAACGAUCGGUUAUCGUCGUUGGAAACAAGUCCGAUCUGGCUCGAAGCCGUACAAUUUUAUCGAAUGAGGGGAAACAACUGGCGACGUCUCGGGAAUGCAAAUUCAUCGAAACGUCGAGUGGGAUAAAGCACAACGUGGACGAGCUUUUGGUUGGUGUUCUCAAACAGAUUCGUUUACGUGAGAGCCGUGAAAAGAAAUUAAGACGUCAAUGUAGUAAGGGCAAGAUGUCGAAACUUCACGCUAGUAAAACAGCUCAUAGUCUCAAUCUUGCAAGGGAAAUAUUAAAUAAAAUGUGUUUAAAAGAUAGUAAAAGUAAGAGCUGCGAAAAUCUUCACGUUCUUUAAGGGCAAAAGAAAAAGAGUAUCCACCAAAAAUAAUGAAAAAACUAGAAGACCAAUUUUCUCUGACUUUUUUUGUGCAAGAGAAAAUUCGUUUCAUUUCUUACUUGAAGUUUCGACAUAACGAGGAUGAUUAUAGUGAUAUAAUUAUUCAAAAAAUUCACAGUCCUCGACUAGCCGAAUGUAUGUAUGUGAGUACGUACGUACGUAUAUGUAAGCAUGUAUUUACGUAUGUAUGUAUCUAUCUAUCUAUAUAUUUAUCUACCAAGUUUAAGUUGAUCUCGAUGUUGGAAUAUACGAGCUGCACUCAUCA